AUGAGGAGUUCUGUGCCAUGCAAAGGCCAUUUGUUACAGAAAUUUAUAAAGGAAUGCUGGUCUAAAUGCUGGUGUAACAAGAAAUGUGGAAACCGGAUAGUUCAGCAAAGCAUCACUGUGAAGUUGCAGGUGUUUUUGACACCCGAAGGGAAGGGGUGGGGUCUUCGAACACUGGAGGACUUGCCACCAGGGGCUUUUGUUUGUGAGUAUGUUGGAGAGAUAUUAACCAACACGGAACUACAUGAGCGAAAUGUGGGAAGUCCUGGUAACAAGAAUACACGCUACCAAGUUCUACUAGAUGCAGGUUGGGGCUCGAAGGGUGUCUUGAAAGAUGAAGAGGUCCUUUGCUUGGACGCUACAGUUUAUGGAAAUGUUGCGAGAUUUAUCAAUCACAGAUGUUCUGAUGCUACCUUGGUAGAGAUCCCGGUGGAAGUGGAGACCCCAGAUCAUCACUACUAUCAUAUUGCCCUUGAUGCCAUGGAGGAGCUGACUUGGGUAAGAGGGGUUAGGAGCUGA